GCGGGAGUUGAAUGAGAUCGUUUUAAUGGUAAUGACGUUGGAUAUUCACAGAUGGCGGGAGAAACAUCUUCGAUAUCGUGAACUCAUCUUGUUCGUGUUACGUGUGCCCGUAACUUCUCCCGUGGGUACGGAGAUCGUCGGGCAGUUUGGUGUGGAGUUAUUUUCGAAAUUUGCCUGGGAUUGGACUUUCGACAAUGUUCCGCAAUCACAUAAGCCCCUUCCUACGGCUAGUUGCCCAGGAGCAGCAAUGGCAGCAGCAACAGAGAGGUAUGGCUACCCUCAAGGCCAUUUCCAUACGUCUCAAGUCAGUUAAAAACAUCCAAAAAAUUACACAAUCCAUGAAGAUGGUAUCAGCAGCCAAGUACAAUCGCGCAGAGCGCGACUUGAAGCAGGCUAGACCACUUGGUGUUGGCACAAAAGUAUUCUAUGAGCAAGCUGAGAUCCAGGCACCUGCAGAAGAGCCAAAGAAGCUCGUGAUCGCUGUGACCAGCGACCGUGGUCUAUGUGGCGCUGUACACACUGGUGUGUCGCGCAACAUUCGCGACAUAUUAUUGGCUGAUCCCAAGGAACGUGAGAACACUAAGAUCAUCUGCAUUGGUGAGAAGUCCCGGGCGAUUCUGUCGCGCCUAUUCUCUAACAACAUCCUGUUCGUCGCGUCAGAAGUAGGCCGCAAGCCACCAACAUUCAACGACGCAGCCAAGGUCGCCAUAGAAGUUAUGAACAGCGGCUACUCCUUCGGUUCCGGGCGCAUAGUCUACAAUAAAUUCAAGUCCGUGGUGUCGUACAAGGUGGACGAUCUGCCGUUGUUCGACAAGAACUCCGUGGUGACCGCGCCGAAGCUGUCGAUAUACGACUCGCUGGACGACGAAGUGAUCCAGAGCUACCUCGAGUUCUCACUCGCCUCGUUGCUGUUUUACUCGAUGAAGGAGGGCGCCUGCAGCGAGCAGUCCAGCCGUAUGACCGCGAUGGACAACGCCAGCAAGAACGCCGGCGAGAUGAUCGACAAGCUCACACUCACCUUCAACCGCACCCGGCAGGCCGUGAUCACCAGAGAAUUGAUCGAGAUUAUCUCCGGCGCCGCCGCUUUAGCUUAAGAAAAUCGCGCGCAGAUAUUAGUUUUGCAAUUUAUAGUGCCGGCAGGUGAGACGAGGACGUGUCGCCGGCAAAAUGAAUGGGAUAAAAAAAAGGGAAGAAAAAACGAAGGAGAACAGGUAGAAUCCAUUAAAUUAGGUAGAAUCCAUUAAACUGCCAAAAGAUGCGAUUUCUGAUCGAUUUGGAUGGAGCGCAGCAGUGAAUACGACGCGAGCAAGCACAGAAGUCGUCAUUGUUCUAUUCGUUAUUUUUAUGUCCAAAUUCAAUAAAUCAUAUUACAGAA